AGCGGUUUUGUAGCAGGUAUAAUUUCCCGAUUUCACUUUCCUCUUUCAUUUUCGUCUUCUCACCAAAAUCCCAUCCACGCCUUCCACCAAAAUCACACCUCCUUCAACGGAAGCCGGCGCAGCCAAGGAAUCCACCGACGCCGCCGGAGCAUUCCUCAGCAACGAAGGCCGCCGCUGUUGACGCCGAGGGUUCGACUUUAGUGGUCGGCUUCGCUAAUUUCAGAAGAAACGUGCUGAUCUUCUUGUUUGUGAAUGAAACAUGGAGGUUCCGAACUACCCUCUAUAUUGCUAUUGGGGUGGAGAAAUUGUCCACAAAGAUAGCGAUAUAACGUAUAGGGGUGGGAAUCAAAAAUUUGUGUUUGUACAUUCUGCGAUGACAUAUUCACAAGUUCUGAACAAGCUAUAUGAAGAAUUGAGUGUUGAUCCUAGAGGUGUGGAGUUGAAGGUGGUUAUGCGUUAUCCUAUGGCUGGGGCAUAUGUUGCAAUUCCGUUAAAUGACGACAACGCUGUUAGAGCUAUGUGGAUUGCUGUGACUCAGAGUUCUUCUGUUGCAAUGCAAUUGUUCAUUGAACAAGUUCCAAAGGAGCCAGUUGUGCAAACUAACACUGGUUCCUUUCCGGGGAUGGAUUUUUUUGGUAGUGUGGAUCAACCGUUUUCCACUGGUGUUCAAAGUGUGGGCAUAGGGUCAUUCACAAGAAUGCUUGUUGAUCCACAUUAUGUCAAUGACCAUCUCUCACAGUUUAGGUCUCCGGCCUCAUCGCCUAAUGUUGGAACCUCGACAAGCACACAACCACAAGGCAUUCUUGAUUCUCUUGACCCAAACAAUGUUGAUGUAUUUGGCGAUGCAGAGAUGAAUGACACUGAUGAAGAUGAUGAUGAAGAGGUAAUUGAAGCUCGCGAUAAGGCAAUUAAAGGAAGCGCCCCCACUUCAGACUUCAAUGAAGUGGCGCAAGUUGAUCCUCGUUUGAAUAACUCAUGGAUGUCUUGGUUAGGAAAUGAGACAUAUAACAAUGGGGGAGAAUUUGAGGUUGGUCAGCAGUUUGACUCAUUGCAACAACUGAAAGAUGCUGUGGAAUCUUACUCCAUAGCUAGAAAUCAAACAAUUCGAGUUGUGGAGGCAGAGCCAGAGAAAUAUGUUGUUGAGUGCAAGAGGAAAGAACAAUGUAGUUGUUCGUGGAGGCUUAGAGGAGUGAAAGAUCCAACACUCUCUACGUUUAAAAUUGUGAGGUACAACGACCCUCAUGCAAGUAACUGUGUUGGUGACAUCGACUCGGGAGAUCAUAAGCUACUGACUUCCGAGUUCGUUUGCAAUGCUCUUCUAGAUGUCAUUCGCGUUGAUCCUUCAUUGAAAAUCAAGACAAUGGUGCAACUUGUGAAAGAGAAAUUUGAUGGAUUCCAAAUAACCUACAAGAGAGCAUGGCUAGCGAAACAAAAGGCAAUAAAACUCAUUUAUGGGGAUUGGGAGGGUUCAUAUGAACAGUUGCCUAAGUACAUGCAGCUACUGCAAGGCAGAAGAAGAAGUUUGAUUACCACAUCAACAAAAUUGGUGACUUGAAUGUAGAGGCCCGUAGGUACUUGAUGGAAAUUCCGUACAGUAAGUGGUCCAUUCAUCAUG